GGAAUCUUUCCGCCGGUAUUGCUUUCCUAGUUGCAUCGAAUGCGGCCAGCGGAUUGCUCUGCUCCGUUUCCAUGUUGAUUACAUGAAACAUAAUGGAUAUCCUGGGACACUUACAAUGGACCUCAAUAGGCUAUUGAAGGUCUUCCCGGGCAUAGCGUUAACAUGGGUUUGCUUCCUGGUAGCAACGUACUGUGUUAAGCUGACCGAGGCGAGGAUAGGCUACUUCUGGCACAUAACGGAUUUACAUCUGGAUACGUACUACACUACCAAGGGCGAUAUCUUUCGCAGUUGCUGGCUUAACGAACAUCACUCGAACACGGCCAGUGCCAAGCGCCCGGGCCCGUACGGAGAUUACAUGUGCGACAGCCCAUGGAGCCUGCUGGAAUCCGCCACGCAAGCCAUGAAGUCCAAGCAAGGUGAUAACGUCGAGUUUGUCCUGUGGACUGGUGAUGGACUUUCUCAUUCUGCCAAGCGAAUGCACGAAACCAAGCGAUUGGACGUGCUGCGUAACAUUACGGAGCUGAUGAGCCGAACGUUUCCGUCACAGUUUGUGUUUCCGGUGCUCGGCCACGAGGACGGUAGUGCCAACUUCGAACAGCUCGGCGACCUCUGGCGCCACUGGUUGCCGCUCGAGGCGGUGCAAACGUUCGAAAAAGGUGGCUACUAUACGAUCGAGCAGACAAAGAGCCGGCUGAGAAUAAUAGCUUUAAACACGAACUACAUGCGACACGACGCCAAGUACUCGCAGUCGCACUCGUCCGCGGUGAAGCAGCGGCCGGACGGGUCCUACCACUACCCAGCGGGCGGCCACUACGGGGACCACCACAUGGGCAAACACUACCACAGCCGGGAGGGCAGCUCCUCCGGCUAUCUGUACAGCGACCGGCGGAACGGAUAUAGUAGCAGUAGUAACCUAGCGGACAGUGGUAUCGGUGGCCACGCCAGUGCAUUAUCGGGAUCAAGCAGCCACGAGUCGGAGAAGCAGUGGGAGUGGCUGGAGGAGGUUCUAGCAAAGUCGAGUAGAAAUAAGGAAACUGUAUAUAUCGUAGGACACAUACCACCAGGCUCGGACGAGCGCCACAUUGGCCACACGGUACCGUUCGGGCAUUCCAGCUUCACCGAGAAGAACAACGUGCGCUAUCUGCGGCUGGUGAAGCGAUACUCAUCGAUCAUCCAGGGACAGUUCUUCGGCCAUCUACAUUCGGAUUCGUUCCGAGUGGUUUACAAUGAAGUUGGAAAACCUGUCUCCUGGAUGAUGAUUGCUCCAUCGAUAAGCCCACGGAGAAGCAGCGAGUCCAACAAUCCCGCCAUGCGGCUGUACAAAUUCGACACCGAUACAGGGCAGGUCUUAGACUACACGCAGUACUAUCUAGAUUUAGAGCAAGCGAACAAGCUGGAGGAAGCCGUCUGGCAGCCUGAGUACAACCUUACCACCUACUACUACGGUCUCAGCGAGGUGUCCUCGCUGGCCCUGCACAAUCUGGCCGAUCGCUUCAACAACGCGGACGACGCGCAGUUCAUGAAGUACUACAGGGCGAACUCCGUGCGCCACGCGACCAGCACCUGCGAGGGAGUCUGCCUGCUCAACCACUACUGUGCCAUUACCAGGCUGGACUAUCGCGAGUUUCGCAGCUGCCUGGAGACGGCGGCCAAAGCGCUGGCCUCGAAAAAUGCCAGCCCCGCGGGACUGCUCGGUCCGAGCUUUGCCCGCAACCGGUUGCUCAUCGCCACCGUGCCAGCCGUGCUGCUGCUGUGUCUGUUCGCUUCCAGCACCAUCAGCUCGCUGGAAGUGGUCCGGAUUGCUUUCGCAGGCCCGUGCAUUGGUUUGCUUCGCUCGGUCGCUUUUAUUGUUUCGUGUUGGCGCUUCGCUGCAGGCUGCUGGAUGAUGGCGAUUGGUCACGUCACGCUGCUGCUGGCCUGCAUCGGGGCGAUCCGUGACGCUGCGUUCGUACCGCUAGUAAGUGCAUUCUCCUGUACUUUUCUCUGUUUGUCUCGACGGUGGCCGACAAAGGUGGGGUCCGCUGGGAUGAUGCGCCAACUGAGAGCUUCUACGGUGAAUGGGAUGAAUGAGAAAAACACGUACAUAGCGUUCAGUUUGAAGUAGAUAAUUUUUCGUACC